AUGGCUUUUGACCUCCUAAGUUCUUAUGACUUCCCACAUAGGAACAGGGGCUCCCUAGGGCUGCCUCCCCACAUCCGCCCAUUAACCCCUGAGGGCACGGGGGCAGGAGUUAGUACGAAGCCAGGGCGUAUCCACACGCUGUUGGGCCAUGACUCUGUACCUUUAGGGCCUCCUGCUACUCCAAGAGCCUCCGCAACUCCUCCCACCGACAACGCCCCGCCCACCCUACACCCCAAGACUCCUCCCACCGACGACGUCCCGCCCACCCUACACUCCAAGACUCCUCCCACCGACGACGCCCCGCCCACCCCACACCCCAAGACUCCUCCCACCGACGACGCCCCGCCCACCCCACACCCCAAGACUCCUCCCACCGACGACGCCCCGCCCACCCCACACCCCAAGAUUCCUCCCACCGACGACGCCCCGCCCACCCCACACCCCAAGACUCCUCCCACCGACGACGCCCCGCCCACCCCACACCCCAAGACUCCUCCCACCGACGACGCCCCGCCCACUCCACACCCCAAGACUCCUCCCACCGACGUCGCCCCGCCCAUCCACGCCCACGGCACUGAAAUAUUCAUCAAUGAGCGAGACAGGCGAAAGCGCAAGCGCAACCAGUUUUGUAUCCAGUCUGUAUGGAUCCGCCAGCGUAACACAUCGCCCAUAAAUUCUAAAUACGGCGGCCCACUUUCCUUACAUUCUUUCAUCCUCUGUGGAAAAAAAAAGUUUGAUGGACGGAAAUACAGUUCUCAAUACAAAUUCGUUUUCGUGUGCAAAAUUCAAGAUAGCUCCCGGGACAGUGUGGUUGUGUGGGUCAGCGGUACCGUUGUGGGCGGGCAGAGGACCCGCUCUGCCAGGAGAGACCGGAUGGGUGUGAUAUUUCAGGAUCCAUUUUCCACUCGCGAGAAAGGGGAAAGGUCAGUGCCCGGGCGUCGCUAUCUCAGGAACCCAAACUUCCAACAUGUAAAGGCUACCAGGUCGCGUGUUGGCAGGGUUGACCGGGACAGGCCAAGACCAGGGUUACGCCACGCCUCCGAGGCAGCGGCUUUCUCUGCUGGCCGUACUAAGGAUGGCUAUUCUGAGGCGCCUGUGACAAAUUUGGCUCACUGGGGACUGGAAGUGACCACGCAAGGGAGACACACCUAG